AUGUCAGAGACUGAAGAUAUAAAUGAUAUGUUCAAAGAGGAGGAUGUGAAUGAUCAGUUCCCAGACAUCGAUCCAGAUCUCAAUUCAGAUGGAAAUGAGGAUGAUCAACCUAUAGAUAAUGACAAAGAGGUGGUUUCUUCAAACGAAAACGACAUAGGUGAAUACGAUGAAGAUGUAUAUACCAUACAAGCCCACAGAAAUACCGAAGGUGCGACCAAGCAGACCAAGAAGAAGAACAUUAGAAGAAGUAAAGUUACAAGAACUUCUGAACCAGUUGGAGCUCCAGCCCCGGUGGCAGACUAUGGUGAUGAUAACGAGCAACCUACUGAUGAAUUUGCCAAUGAAGAUCCAGCUCUGAGAAAGAGACGAUUGUUGGAAGAGAAAAUGACAGCUGCGAUCAAGAAGACUGCCACAAAGCGGCGGAAGGCCGACGAGGAUGACUUGGAGCGGAUGCAAGAUGACAAGAUUGAUUACUUGAAGGACAAGAUGAUUAAAGCUGCCAACUCAGAUGCUGAAAAGAACCUACAAGGAUCAGUAGCCACUGAAAAGUUGAAGAUGCUUGGAGAAGUGAUCAAUGUGUUGUCAAAGGCCGACUUAGCCAUUUCGAUUUUGGAUAAUAAUUUAUUAGAAGCAGUAAGAUUAUGGUUGGAACCUUUACCUGAUUCGUCGAUGCCAGCUUACCAGAUUCAGAAAGAGUUGAUCACUGCUUUGGUUGAUUUACCCAUCAAGACUGACCAUUUGGUUGCAUCUGGAAUGGGAAAAGUCAUGGUGUUUUAUCAAAGAAGCAAAAGAACCGAAGCCAACUUAAAGAGAAUAGUUGAUAAGUUGAUUGGAGAUUGGACUAGACCCAUCUUAAACAAAAGUGACUCGUACAAGGAUAGAAGUAUCCAAUUUCAGGAAUAUAACAAAACUAAAUUCAGUAACAAGUUAUCAUCAUCCAAGCCUAAGACUCAAGAAGCUAAAACUUUAUAUGAAGAAAGUGCUGAGAGAAGAAAUAGGGCUGCCAUCCCUGCUGCCAGAACCACGGCUUACAAGAUUGCCCCCAAAGUCAACCCUGAAGUGCUUCAAAGAAAGUUCAAUGGUGGUGGGAAUAGUGAUGAAAGAUUCAAGAGAAUUAACCAAAAACUUAACCUUAAGAAAAAGAUUAAUAAGAAGUCAGGUCCCUCUAUUGAAGGUAGAAACUUAGGUAUUUAA